CAUCUAGAGAUUUAAUGUUCUAAUAUAUCUUUCAAAUGUUAGGUUUCAGAGUGGAUGGAUGAAAAAAGGGCUUGUAAUAUUUAUGCUGAGGAUUAUGCAGUUCGGCUUCAUAUGGUUGAUGUUGUGUUGGGUCUGGAAGAAGCAGAGAAGUUCUUUAAAAACAUCCCAGAGAACAUGAAGGAUUACACUGUCUACGCAACUCUCCUAAGCUCUUACACAAAAUCUGACAAACAUUUGGGUAAGGCCAAGGCAACGUUUGAGAAGAUGAGAGAGCUAGGUCUCCUCAUGAAACCUUCACCGUUCAACUCAAUGUUCUCUUUCCACAGUCAAAGAAAUAUGGUUGAGGAGUUUCUUCGUGAGAUGGAAGAGAACAACGUGGCUCCCGAUAGUCUCAUGGUGAACAAAGUCUUGAGAAUAUAUGCGGCUGAUUCUAACGUAGAAGCUAUGGAAACGUUUAUGAAAAAGUGGAGUGGAGAAGAAGGGAUCAAACUAGAAAGAGAGACCAUGGCUGCAGUGGCAAAGGCUUACUCUAAAGCAGGAUCAAUAGAACAAGCUAUAGAGAUGUAUGGUGGCCUGGAAGGGAGUAAAAAAGAAGUGUACCGUCUUUGGAACGAGUGUAAGAAAAAGGAGAAGGAGAAGUUGGAGGAUGGUUGGUUAAGUCUUGGGAACGAGUGCAUGACGAAUGAGAAGUUGGAGGAUUAUUGGUAUAAAACUGUUAUUGCUUCUUUGUUGAAGCUAGACGAUGUAGAAGGAGCUGAAAAGGUAUAUGGAGAGUGGAAACCGGUUGGACCGAACCUGGACUUGAGAAUACCUGGUUUGUUGAUUUCUCGGUUUUGUGCAGAAUCAAACAAAUUGAAAGUUGGUGAAUUGAUAAAUCUAUAAUCUAUACUAAAAGGAGAAUAAGGUGUAUGGUGAGAGUGUCCACGUCACUUAAAAAAAUCAGCCUAUCAGAAGGUUUUGUUUCGCCAUGUCAUAUAUGAUUCAGUCGACUAAGUUUGGUCAUGGGCCAUCGUGUGUUCUUAAAAAAAAAAAACUAUGAUCAAUAUCAAGCCCAUAUCUCUGUCUAGCGUUACCCUAAUUUUCUCCAAAGCAAUUGAUCGUCCCCCCCCCCCCGACCCUUCCACUUCGUCGUCAUCGUUUCAACUCUCCUAUGAAUCACCGUUACUCAAAACCCUCUUUAAAUAUGUACAAUCUCAUAUAUUGCCAGUAAUAUUUUUCUCUGUCGUUUAGUUCAUCGUCAAUGAUCUUUUCGUUUGAAGAGUCCGGCCCAUUCGCAUCCCUCCCACUGCUUUCUUCUAUUACGUAUCCCCAGGUGUGUGUCUGAGUCUUUCUUAUCUAUUCAUCUUAUUAGUUUAUAAGAUUUCAGACAUGAUCUUGAAAUUCAUCGAUUUAUGUUACAUGUUUCUUAUCAUAGAUUUAUACUUCAUUAUGAACUCAGGCAACAACAUUCUGGUGGGUUGGUUUUAUAUGAUUAGUGUAAUAAUAUUUGGUUUGUAACAAAAUUAGAUUUUAAAAAAUGAUUGGUUGAUAUAUGAAGGUGAUGUGUGAUGCUUACACGUCGGCUGGGAAUCCAAUUCCAACCAACAAGAAGCACAACGUUGCUAAGAUCUUCAGCAACUCCAAAGUUGCCUCUGAGGAGCCUUGGUACUAUCUUCUUCCUCAGUUGUAUAUUAAUCUCUCUUCAGAUCAAUCAUUUAUACCUAUACUCUUUGUUUGUGAUUCAAUAGGUAUGGGAUUGAGGAAGAAUACACAUUGAUGCAAAAGGGUGUGAACUGGCCUAUUGGUGGCUUCCCUGGCCCUCAGCUUAAUCUAAUUAUCAUCUCAUCCUAAUGUUAUUACAACAUUUUCUUACAUAUCAUCUGAUGUAAAGUGUUUUAGGUGUUUGGCACAGGGACCAUACUACUGUGGUGUGGGAGCUGACAAAGCAAUUGGUCGUGACAUCAUGGAUGCACACUAGAAGGCCUGUCUUUACGCAGGUAUUGGCAUCUCUGGUGUCAAUGGAGAAGUCAUGCCUGGACAGUGGGAGUUCCAAGUCGGUCCAGUUGAGGGUAUUAGUGCUGGUGAUCAAGUCUGGGUCGCUAGAUACCUUCUCGAGAGGAUCACUGAGAUCUCUGGUGUAAAUUUCAGCUUCGACCCAAAACCAGUCCCGGGUGAUUGUGCAACUACAGCACGAAGUCGAUGAGGAACAACGGAGGAUUAGCAGUGAUAAAGAACGCGAUAGAGAAGCUUCAGGUGAAGCACAAGGAGAACAUUGCUGCGUACGGUGAAGUGUAUGGUGAGAGUGUCCACGAGGUACAGUAAUCUACUUUAACCUUUUUAGUUCCCAAUAAAAAGCUUCAAACUUUGCUAAUGGCCACAUCUAUUUCUGUUGACAGAGGAUCACUGAGAUCUCUGGUGUAAAUUUCAGCUUCGACCCAAAACCAGUCCCGGUUAGUGUCUCUUUACCACACUCUCUCA